AUGGCUGAUGACAUACCCAACAGACUCGAUGGCAACACUGCCGCCACUCUACCACCGGAACAAGACAAUCGAGCAUGGCGAUUCCUCAGGAAAGUCCGCACCUGCAUUGGACUUGGCAGAUACUUCAAGCCUCCUCGUGUGGUCAAGCGUCCGGCAUCGCCCAGGAGAGGCUCUCCUUCCCAGUCACCGAAGCAGCAGCAACGUAGGACUCCAGCAACGAAGACGUCGAGGAAGGACUUACUUCCGUUUUUAAGCUCAACUUAUGGGCAUAAAGUUCAUGGUGGUUGCUUUGUGACACAUCUUAUCGAUGCUGUAAGGGUUCAUACCCUGAAGCAGCGGCUUGAAAGGGACCUCGCGAAUCACGAUGCGAGAGUCACAGCAGCUUGGAUCAACAAGCUGGUGGCUACUAUACGAUCUGAGACGCUGUCGACCGAGGAGGAAGUCCUUGAGGCCAUGCAAUACCUGAAAGACGAACAGCAACAAGUGAUCAAGGACUCUACCAAAACGAUAGAGGCAGGACCACAACGGGCCGAAGCCGUUAAGCAACAGCUUCGUAUGGUCAAUACGAGCAUGAGAUUGUGCCUCAAAGCUGUGUUCGAAACUUAUGAUGCGUACAUCGAUGGUGAAGGAGGUGAUGGACUCUUGCUGAGCUGGACCUUUGGUGAGGCGCUACAGAGAUGUCGGCGAAGUUGGCAAAAUUUGGAGAGGGAGGAAGUAACCUUCAAGACAGUCAUCACCACCAGAAAAGCUGGCGUUCGAAAGCAACCGCUGAAUCUCAAUGGCUCUGCGGCGAGCUCCGACACCAUUGCAUCGGCAGCACCAGGUUCUCGUCAAAGCACGCCAGAUGAAGUUGUCACAACGGCAGCAGGUACGCUGCCCGUGCAUCAAAUUAUGAAAUCACUAAACCAAAUACGCCAAUGCUACACCGAGCUCCAAGAUGAUCUCCUCGGCCGUCACGCCAAAGCCCUACUAGGUCACCGAGCCCAACUUCCACCACAACCUCUGACCUUUCCGAACCUUCUUAAGAACAACGAUCUAAUCCCUUCCAAUAUCCCGUCAACCAAUGCCCACCUUCCCAACAGCACCGACAUUCCGACGCCACCACCACUAUCUCCUACCCCCCGCGCCCUCAGCCGCAAAUAUCUAGCUCUAAAAUCUGCCGUAAAACGCAGCAUCGUCUCUCGCUCUCAGGCCGGAGAUCUCUACCUCCGCUCGUACCUGUCCUACCUCGUCGCCUAUCCUGGCUGCUCCUAUCAAACCUUCCAUGACCUCUACAUCACCUCCUCGGGGCGGUCUUGGACCGAGGAGGAAGCGGCGCUGAUUGCUGAGCGGGAAAGGCUGGAGGCAGAAGAGACAAGAGCAUGGGAGGAUUUAAGGGAGUACUCUGGGCAGGGAAUUGGAGAUCUCUCGUUCCUGUCGGAAGACGAAGAAAUGUCUGCAUGUGCGGGCGAUUUUGUUGGAUCCAGUGUUGUGGCGUCGUGGCGAGGCAGCGAGGGGAAAGGAGAUCGAAAGAGAGUCAAUGGGUGGCGGAGUGGCGUUGUGUCGGACAGUAUGGACGGGCAUGUGACUGUCGAGAGGCCGAAUAGCUCGGCCCUGUUGGGGUAA